UUAGUUUGAAUUUGAUUUUUGAUCAAUCGGUUAAUAACUUCUGGACCAAUAGAUUCCACGAUAGUAGACUAUGAGUUAAAUAAUUUACAUGCGAGGCCUUUAGCUUUAACAUUGUUAAAUCAGGUUAUACCAUGCUGUGAAGAUAUCUAAUUUAGUACAUUGUAAAAUAUAUAUAAAUAUAUAUAUAUAUAUAUAUAAAUAAAAAAAAAAAAAAAACUUGAAAUGAAUGGAAGAAAGUUUAGGGCCAUAGUGGGACUGAUGAAGGUCCCAGAGCGCGAGUUAAUGGGUGAUAUUUUAUUGCGCGAGAGUGCUGAACCCUCACUUCCUGUUCAUGUGAGUAUCGGUAAAUUUAUCCGGUUGGACGACGGCCAGUACAUCGAUACGGAGGACAGAGAUAAAGCUGUAAAGAGACGACAGCUUGCGAACGCAAAGGAGAGAUUGAGGGUAAGGAGCCUGAACAGCAUGUUCUCGUACCUUCGCCGUAUCGUGCCAGUGAUGCCACGAGACCGAAAGCCCAGUAAAGUGGACAUGCUUAAGGCUGCAACGGAGUACAUCCGGCUCCUCUCAGCUGUCCUCAAUCACACCUCUACCAGUGGCAAUGGGAAUCCUAAUGUUUUUCUAGAGACUGGAAUCAACUGUUCGAACACAGAGACUGACUACUCUGAGUUAUGGACCAUGGAUGAUGCCAUGGAGCCAAUAUCAAAUCCCUUUCUGUCAGAGGGAGUGAGUGUGGCUGCCCCAGUGGUCACCAUGGCGACAGGAGCAGAUGAUGACUUUGAUCUGAACAAUGUGACAGUACAGUGUGUUGUACCAAUGUACAUUGUUCAGGUUGGCUCAGACCAAACUUUGGUAACUGGCACACUUCCAUCUUAAAGGCCCCACUGAAUCCUUUUUGGUGCCUUAAAUUAGGCUCACUGUUUUUUUUUUUUUUUUUUUUUUUUCCCCUGUAACUUUUUAUUUAAUUUUUUUUUAAUUUUUUUUCGUUUGUGUUAGCUUGAUGCUAUUUGUGCAGCCACUAUUUAAUAUUACAGAAGUAUUUUUGUCUGCUAUUAUAAGGAUUGAUUGUUUAAUAUUAUGCUGAGCUGUACUGAAAUUAUUUUGGUAGUAUUAUUUUCUCAAUGUGAACUUAAACUCAUAAGAAUAUAAGAGGCAGAUAAGCAAAUGUUAAUUUAGUUUUUUCA